AUGGCUACUAGGCUAUUUAUUUUAUUUAAAAGGAUUAUAUUACUUAAGUAUAUUAAGGUAAAAGAAAACUAUUCUAUUAAUAUUAUUAACUAUUUAGCGCUAAUUAUACUAUUAUCUCUUAAGGCCUCUAUCUAUCUAAAGAAAAUUAAAAUAACUUCUACUAUAGCCUUUAAGAAAAUAGUUAAGAUCUUAUAUUUAAUAGGGGGUAUCUUUUUUAUAAUUUAUAAAGCCUAA